AUUGCCCACGCUCGUCCUCCGAGCAUCGUGUCUUUCCUUGCCCGACGUUGAUCCUCUCGUUUAUUCACUUCAACGCUCAUUCUCUCGUUCAUUCUCUCGUUCAUUCGUGUCAAUUGUUUCAUUUGUCAUUCAUUCUUUUGAGUCCUCGACCCUGGCCUUUCAAUUGACGCUUUAUUCUUCGACUACCUAAUUCAAGACUGCCCAUUGCGCCCCGUUUAUUGAUAUCUUCUCUUUCAGUUCCAUUUAAUAGCCAAUUCAUUCGAAAUAAUCAUGGUUCGACCGACAUUCGUGGCUCUAGCAGCCUUCUCAUUCUCCUCCCUCACAACCGCCGCUCUGACAAGCUGCCCAUCGAAAGAGACAAGUUGGACAUCAGACAGCGGCGCCGAAUACACCGUUUGUCCCAACACCGACUACAAAUACGGAGGCAGUAGCCUCCAGGUCGUCCAGCGUGUGACAUCCACUACUGCGUGUGCCAAAAUCUGCAACAAGGACCCGCGAUGCGUCAAGGCCGUGUACGACAAGCAACGCCGCAUCUGCCACGUCAAGGACAAUGCCAACGAGGCGAAGAUGGACUGGGCCAAGGACACCAACUUUGACACCAUUCGGGCCAGAGACAUCAAAGAGGGCGUCUUCAUCGCUCGGUGCCCUUCUGGAACCACCAAAUACCGUGCUAGCGGCGGAAAGACAUAUCAUGUAUGCCGCAACACUGACUACGUUGGCGCUUCGGUCAAGAUUAUCAAGGGUUGUACUACUAUCAACGCCUGUGCCGAUCUCUGCUCGACCGUCAAGACGUGUAGAAAAGCCGUCUUCGACCACAUAAACAACGUUUGCCACAUCAAGGAGGCCGAGCCCAAGGCGUCGCUAUUUUGGGUACAGAGCAAGCAGUUCAGCGUCGUCUACGUGCCAUCGGAUACAGCGCCUUCGAGCAAGGGCAAAUGGUCCGACAUCAUCCGCUUGCCUGUCAUUCCUGUCGCAGCUUACGUGGCUCCCCAGUUCCCCCAGUCCCAGAAGCUGCUGUUCUUCUCCUCUUGGGGCCCUGACGCCUUCGGAGGUCCAUCUGGCCUGACGCAGUUCGGUACAAUGGAUCUUCCUACCGGGGCCAUUUAUAAGCGAGAGGUGGCUAACACACAUCACGACAUGUUCUGCCCUGGAAUGAGCCAGCUUGGCGACGGCCGCAUUCUGAUCCAGGGAGGCUCGAAUGCCGAGGCUGUGAGCAUCUACAACCCCAAGACCAACGACUUCACGCGGGGACCGGAUAUGAAAAUGCCGCGCGGCUACCAGACAUCGACCAUCCUGUCCAACGGCAAGGUCUUCACCAUUGGAGGCGGCUACUCGGGUCCUCGCGGGGGAAAGAAUGGCGAAGUCUUCGACCCAAAGUCCAACAAGUGGACUAUGCUCCCUGACGCCGCCGUCAAGCCCAUGCUCACCACUGACCACGAGGGUAUCUGGCGCGAGGACAACCACGCCUGGCUAUUUGGGUGGAAGGAUGGCAGCGUCUUUCAAGCCGGUCCAAGUGCGAGACAGCAUUGGUACGGCACGAACCGAACCGGCUCCGUCGUCCAAGCGGGCACGAGAGACGGAGACAACGCCAUGUGUGGCAUCUUCGUCAUGUAUGAUGCUGUUGCAGGCAAGAUCCUGUCGGCUGGAGGCAGCCCUGACUACACUGGAAGCGACGCCACCAAGCGAGCCCACAUCACCACCAUCGGCGAGCCCUUCAAGCCGGCUGUUGCAAAGCGAGUGGCCGACAUGGCGUUUCCUCGCGGCUUCGCCAACGCCGUCGUGCUGCCUGAUGGGACAGUGCUUGUCACGGGUGGCCAGCGCAAGUCGGUUGUCUUCACAAACACCGACGGCAUCUUGAUCCCUGAGCUGUUCAAUCCAGCUACCAAGAAGUGGACGCAGCUCGCUCCUCACGCUGUGCCUCGCAACUACCACUCCGUCUCUAUUCUUCUGCCGGAUGCUACUGUCUUCAUUGGCGGCGGCGGACUUUGCUAUGUAGCCACCAUCGGCGGCUCAACCGCCAACUGUGACAAGACGGCUGACCAUGCCGACGGAGAGAUUUUCCAACCGCCCUACCUCUUCAACAAAGAUGGCUCCCGUGCCGUCCGUCCCAUCAUUAGCAAUUUCGCCCAAAAGCCGGUCAAAGCCGGCAGCACGCUCAAGUUCAGUGUUACCAACGCGUCGGGCCCAGUCAAGAUCUCACUCGUCCGCAUGGGCAGCGUCACACACUCUGUCAACAGUGACCAGAGGCGCGUUCCGCUCGACAAUUUCACGGUCAAGGAUAAUCAGUAUUCUGUAAAGUUGCCAAAAGACAACGGGGUGUUGUUGCCCGGGUUCUACUAUCUCUUUGUCAUGUCGCCACAAGGCGUUCCAAGUAUCUCAAAGACAGUUCAGGUCAUGCUAUAAUCCGGCCGCCUUUGGAAGAUGUACACUCAUUACUGUACAUUAAUGUGCACUGGUUUUCUGGUGCACUCAGAAGGGACUUUAUAGAAAAUAGAUAAUAAAUAAUGUUGUAAUUCCGAAUAUGUUACCGA